CUUCCGGUCCAAGUCCAACACGCACCCACCUCACCCUUUGCUGCGGUCUCUCUCUCUCUCUCUCGGCUUCUUCCUCCUUGCGCGCAGCCUCGAUUCUCGACUUUUCUUGCUGUGGGGAGAAGAAUCGCGAUUGCGCGAGGGGAUUUCUUGCUGCUCGGAGAUGCCGCGGAUUCCGCUGAUCAAGUUCCCCAAGAGGAAUCUCAAGAUCCCAUCCCCACCCCCACCAGCGGCGCAACCUGCAGAUCAGCACGCGUCCCUCUUGUCCCGAUUGGGAGUUAAAUCAGAGGCACCAUCUUCUUCCGGGGAGAUUAAAAAUUACCGCUUUAGAUCAGAUGUGCCUUCCCCACCUUCUUAUACGGCUGUUGGAGGGCCAGCUUCACUCCUUCCUAAACGCAAGCCACUGUCAGAGGAAGAAAUUGAGGCUAUCAUGCAAGGUGGUAUCUACUGAUAUUGCAUCCGAUGAAUAAGAUACCAAACCUUUUAAAUGGGGUCACUAGAGCCAUGUCGAUAUGGACCUUUUCGUUGUACUCCCUUUUUGGUGUCAGGAAGCAGCUGCCCUGAUACUCCUUUUUUUGAGUAUUGCCAAAAUGACCAAUUCGUGAAAACUGAACAUGCAAUGCAUCGGUUGUUUGCCAAAAUACAUUGAUCAUGGAGUUAUGCCAUGCAACUCAACUAAUUGUCUUAUUCCAUUGCUCCAAAUGUUCUGAGACAUUUGUGCUCAUCCAUGCUGCUUCAGCAAUUAAUGCUUUCAUCAAAA